AUGCCGUUUUCUCUGGAAACGUGGAAAAUAUGUGACUCCCCAGAGUGUAUUCAAAGAGCCAAACUAAUAAAUGAAUCGCUUAACACCACCAUUGAUCCUUGUAACGACUUCUAUUCAUUCGUUUGCAACCGGUGGGAAAAGAAGCAUCAAGAUCCAUGUCUUAACGGAAGCUAUGAUGCUUUUCAGGAGAUUGAUAACGAUAUUCCUGAAAAGCUAAGCUAUAUUCUUGGAAACAGAACUCUGGUUGAGUGUAACCAAACCAUAAUAGACAAGAUGGCAAUCACGUAUAAUGCGUGUUUAGGAGGGUUUCUGUACGUCAAAUUACCUGAUGUUUGUAACUAUUCUUGCACAUAAACAGGCUUGCUUCAUCGACGUUUUACUGUAAUAAAG